GACGGGGCGGCGGCGGCGCCAUGGAGCCGCGGGAGGUGAAGGACCGAAUCCUGGAGAACAUCUCGCUAUCGGUGAAGAAGCUACAGAGCUACUUUGCAGCGUGUGAGGAUGAAACCCCUGCCAUCCGGAACCACGACAAGGUCCUGCAGCGCCUAUGUGAGCACCUGGACCACGCCCUGCUGUACGGAUUGCAAGACCUGUCCUCUGGCUACUGGGUGCUUGUGGUCCAUUUCACCCGCAGAGAGGCCAUCAGGCAAAUCGAGGUGCUACAGCAUGUGGCCACCAACCUGGGGCGAAGCCGCGCCUGGCUCUACCUAGCUCUCAAUGAGAACUCCUUGGAGAGCUACCUGCGUCUGUUCCAGGAGAACCUGGGUCUGCUACAGAAGUACUAUGUCAGGAAUGCCCUGGUCUGCAGCCAUGAUCACCUGACUCUCUUCCUGACCUUGGUGUCUGGGUUGGAGUUUAUUCGGUUCGACCUGGAUCUGGACGCCCCGUACUUAGACCUGGCCCCGUACAUGCCUGACUACUAUAAACCUCAGUACCUGCUGGACUUUGAAGACCGCCUUCCUAGCUCAGUCCACGGUUCAGACAGCCUGUCUCUUAACUCCUUCAACUCUGUCACCUCCACCAACCUGGAAUGGGAUGACAGCGCAAUUGCCCCAUCUAGCGAGGAUUAUGAUUUUGGAGAUGUGUUUCCAGCAGUGCCGUCUGUACCCAGCACAGACUGGGAAGAUGGAGACCUCACAGACACCAUCAGUGGUCCCCGCUCCACUGCUUCAGACCUGACCAGUAGCAAGGCCUCUACCAAGAGCCCCACCCAGCGCCAUAACCCCUUCAAUGAGGAGCAGGCAGAGACAGCAUCAUCUGACACCACCCCUGUGCACACGACCUCUCAGGAGAAGGAAGAAGCCCAGGCCCUCGACCAGCCAGACGCUUGUACAGAGCUUGAAGUUAUCAGGGUCACCAAGAAGAAGAAGACUGGCAAGAAGAAAAAGACCAAGCUGGACGAGGAAGCAAGCCCACUGCACCCCUCUAGCCAGCAGAAAUGUGGCCGGCAGGGGGAAGGUGACAGACUUGAGGACAUCCCAGGCCUGGCCAGGGACCCUUCAGAUACUGUACUUGCCUCCCCACUGGAGCAAGGGGAAGGGCCCGGGAGUACAACCGGAAGCAGCGAGCAUUCAGAGCUCAGCCAGAUGGGCUUGCUGAUCCCCGAGAUGAAGGACACCUCCAUGGAGCGCCUAGGACAGCCCCUGAGCAAGGUCAUUGACAAGCUCCAUGGCCAGCUGGACCCCAACACCUGGUGCUCCAGUGUCGAUCCCCCAGAUCAGCCCUUUCGGACCGGCUUUCCCGGGGAGGCCCCGGAGAAACCACCAUUUUGCGACUUCAGUGAGGGGCUUCCAGCCCCCAUGGACUUCUACCGGUUUACAGUCGAGAGUCCAAGUACUGUUACACCAGGUGGCAGCCACCAUGACCCUCCAGGGCCUAGCCAACCGCUGCAUGUUCCUGGUAGCCCUGCGGCUGCUCUCCAAGAAGAAGAGGGAGGAAGAGGAGAGAGACAGACAUCUCAGUCCCUAGAGGACCAGCAAGGGGAGGAGAUUGAGAAGCCAGAGCCUCAGGAACCGGACAGCCAGUUACCACUGGUCAGCCAGGAGCCUGUGCCUGAACCUGUGUCCCAGCCUGAACCUGGAACCCAGGAGUCUCUCUGCAAGCCCAAGCGAGACCAGCCCAGUCCUUGUUUGAGCAGUGCUGAGGACUCGGGUGUAGACGAGGGCCAGGGUAGCCCGUCAGAGAUGACGCACCCCUCAGAGUUCAGGGUGGACAACAACCACUUGCUCCUGCUCAUGAUCCAUGUCUUUCGAGAAAACGAAGAGCAGUUGUUCAAAAUGAUCCGGAUGAGCACAGGGCACAUGGAGGGUAAUCUGCAGCUGCUCUACGUGCUACUCACAGACUGCUAUGUCUACCUGCUUCGGAAAGGGGCCACAGAGAAGCCAUACCUGGUGGAAGAGGCUGUUUCUUACAAUGAACUUGACUAUGUGUCGGUUGGCCUCGACCAACAGACUGUCAAGCUGGUGUGCACCAACCGCAGGAAGCAGUUUCUGCUGGACACGGCUGACAUGGCCCUGGCUGAGCUCUUCCUGGCAUCUCUGAAGUCAGCUAUGAUCAAAGGUUGCCGGGAACCACCCUACCCCAGCAUCCUGACUGAUGCCACCAUGGAGAAGCUGGCGCUGGCGAAAUUUGUCGCCCAGGAAUCCAAAUGUGAGGCAUCCACCGUGACCGUGCAUUUCUACGGACUUGUGCACUGGGAGGACCCCAUGGAAGAAGCCCUGGGCCCCGUUCCCUGUCAGUGCUCACCUGCGGAGGGCACCAUCACCAAAGAAGGCAUGCUGCACUACAAAGCCAGCACCUCCUACCUGGGCAAGGAACACUGGAAGGCCUGCUUCGUGGUGCUCAGCAAUGGGAUCCUCUACCAGUAUCCUGACCGCACGGACGUCAUCCCCCUGCUCUCGGUGAACAUGGGUGGGGAGCAGUGCGGUGGCUGCCGGAGAUCCAACACCACGGAGCGACCCCACGCCUUCCAGGUCAUUCUGGCUGACCGGCCCUGCCUGGAGCUAAGUGCCGACAGCGAAGCCGAGAUGGCUGACUGGAUGCAACAUCUCUGCCAGGCCGUGUCCAAAGGAGUCAUACCCCAGGGCAUAGCUCCUAGCCCCUGUAUCCCUUGCUGCCUGGUGAUCACGGAGGACCGCCUCUUCACAUGCCACGAGGACUGCCAAACCAGCUUCUUUCGCUCCCUGGGCACAGCCAGGCUGGCAGACAUCACUGCUGUCUCCACAGAGCUCGGCAAGGAGUACUGUGUCCUGGAGUUCUCCCAGGAUAGCCCACAGCUGCUCCAGCCCUGGGUCAUCUACCUGAGCUGCACUUCCGAGUUGGACCGGUUCCUGACUGCCCUGAGCUCUGGGUGGAAAGCCAUCUAUCAGGUAGACCUUCCUCACAAGGCAAUCCAGGAAGCUUCCAUCAAGCAGAAAUUUGAGGACGCCCUGAGCCUCAUCCACAGUGCCUGGCAGCGGAGCGACAGCCUGUGCCGUGGCAGGGCCUCCCGGGACCCCUGGUGCUGAGGCGUGGCCGAGCAACACUGGGGGAAGACGGGAAGGAGGCGGGCUGGCCGGCUUCUGCACUGCGGUGUGCCACCAUGGUGUUUUGGAGCCAGGGGUCAACAGCCCACUCCUGCCUUGGGGUAGCAGAACCACUUAGUGUGGCUUGAGACAGGAAUUCAGAGUCAGUGCCUGGCACCGUAGACAUCCUGCCCAACUGCAGUGACUAGAGGUCACUGAGGCAGAAAGUCUGAGCCCUGUGGGCUCUGUAGACACUUAGUGUCCCCUGGCCACCACUUUAGUCCUCACUGUCUGCUCAGGGUGACAGAGAGAGAGAACGAUAGCAUCCAUUUAAGCAGGAGCAAAGAGACAAGUGGGUAGGUGUGCCAUCUUCCUCUCCUGGGUCAGGGGCCUGGGCGAUGGUCAGAGCCCCCCGGGGGUCCUGAGUGCCCAGCCACCCUUGUUCGUUUUUGAACACUGUCCCCACCGCACAGGGAAAGGUGAUCACUAGGGAUGUGUGCAUGCCCCCUCUCACGAAUCCACCCAUGCACAGCGGCCUGCCUCGCACAGCCUGGGCCCAGCUGGCAGCCCUCCAUGUCUGCCAGGAGGCCCUGCAUGUCCACAGCCCUGCCUCUCCUCUUCCUCAAAUACAGCAGAGCUUGUAGGACCAGGGAUGAGUUGGCUCCUCUUGCCAGGAGCAAAGGAGAUAGGCUGAGAGGGGAGCAGAGCCCAUGGGCCUGGUGGCUUCUGUGACACCUGACGACCCACCGACCCCUGCUUGGCUGGAGCUGGUCCUUCCCUGAAGUCUCUUAUUAGGUUCCUUGAGGGACAGGUCAGAUGGAUUGGGUUUUGUUUUUUAAAAUAAAAUUGAUGUUAUAUUGCUGA